AUGGACAUUCAGACUCAUCAAGCUCUAGCCACCUUGCGAAACAUGAGGGCAAAAUCGCGAUACCUAGCUACAAGACAGGGAGUCAUUGGAAUAACCGGCGUUGCGCAGCUUGUUCAAUGGAGGAACCAUUGCUUGCCAGAAUCCGGAGUGCGUGUAUGGAAUGUGGUCAACACGUCGCUAUACACGCAGCACUUCGUAUUUACUGAGGUAGCAGAGUAUGCCAUGCAGGGGGCUGAGGCUCAACGGUUGGGGGCAAGCGUCGUCUCUGGCCGGCGCAUCUUGUAUCUGGUUUUUCCCCUACGUGUACUUUGCUUGACUCUCAAGACGACGCUCUCACGUUGGGCUGCCCGCCAAAAAAUGUGGGAUGAUGGAUCUCAUCUAAGAAGUGACAAUGAGGACUGCCCAGAAGCAUCCUCCUAA